AUGGGGCUGGAGGACAGGGCCAAGUGCUGGUGCUGGGGCCCAGAGCCAAGCUGCUGGGAAGCUGGCAGUGGUCCCACACGGGGGCGCGGUGGACCCCUCUCUCUGUGUGGCCACACUGUGGGCCAGUACACCAGCGGUGCCCUGUCUGGUGGGGGGCAGGACCACGUCGAUGGGCAGAUCCUGGGCCAGCCGCACCCCCUCUCAGGGCAGGAGGAAGGGGCCAGGGCUACCCCAGCGGCAAGACCGGCCUUCCCCGGGAUGCGCUCUGAGGAGCUGCGGCUGGCCUCCUUCUGCGACUGGCCGCUGACCGCCGUGGUGAGGCCUGAGCAGCUGGCUGCUGCAGGCUUCUUCUACACUGGCCAGCAAGACAAAGUGAGGUGCUUCUUCUGCUGCGGGGGUCUGCAGAGCUGGGAGCAAGGGGAUGACCCCUGGACAGAGCACGCAGAGUGGUUUCCCAGGUGUGAGUUCCUGCUCCAGACGAGGGGACGGGACUUUGUCCGCAUCGUGCAGGAGGCCCGUUGCCACCCGCUCUGCUCCUGGGACCAACCAGAAGAGCCAGAAGACGGGUCCCCUGCCAUCCCCUCAGCUCCUGUCCACACGGGUCCCGAGCUGCCCACGCCCAGAAGAGAGGCCCAGUCAGAGGGUGCCAGGGAGUCAGGGGCCGGGGAUGCGGGAGAGCAGCUGCGGCGCCUGCAGGAGGAGCGGACCUGCAAAGUCUGCCUGGACCGCACCGUGGGCACUGUCUUCGUGCCCUGCGGCCACCUGGUCUGUGCCGAGUGUGCACCCGCCCUGCAGCUGUGCCCCGUCUGCAGGGCCCCCGUCCGCAGCUGCGUGCGCACCUUCCUGUCCUAG